GGAUAUAAAUAUCGGAUUCACCAGCUGAAUCCGAUAUGUUCAUUAUUCUUUUUUUCGUUGAAAAUUAAAAAACAAACUCAAUAAUAAUGAUGACACAAUUAUUUCGUUUAGUUGCAUUAUCAUGCAUUAUAAUGAUGGUAUCUGGUCAAGGUGUUUCAUCAUCAAAACAAUCUAAUCCAUUGUCAAAACGACAAUUGAAUGUCGGUUUACCAGUGCGAAUUCCAGUACCAGAACCAGUUAUAACACCAGUUCCAUUACCAUUACCAUUACGUUUACCAGUACCGCAACCAGUACCAGUAUCAUUACCAAUUCCAUUACGUAUUCCAAUACCAACACCAAAUUUAGUUCCUGUACGUACACAAAUUCCAUUACCGGUACCUGUUCCACAAUUUAUACCUGUACCAGUUCCAUUACCGAUUCGUGUACCAGUACAAGUACCAACACCAGUACCAGCACCAGUUCCAGUUGGUGGACUCGGUACCCUUGGUGGUCUUGGUUCACUUAGUGGAUUGGGUGGUUUAGGUUUUCUCCGUAAUGAACAACAAUCCGGUUUGAAACGACAGCAAUCCGGUAUAGAUGUUAUUGGAGCUCGGAAUGCAAAACGUCAAGAAGAACAACAACCGGAACAAGAACAAAAACCAGAAAAAGGACAAGAAAAACAGGAUAUAACUGACAUAUUUCCCGAUUACGAUAGCGAUAACAAAAGACCUAAAGAUGGAAAAUUACCAACAAAACGUGAAACCGGUGAAUAUAUGAACAAUGAUUCAUUGUUACGUCGUAAACUUAAAAUGAAAUUACCUGUAGCUGUAUUGCCAUUACCAAUGCAUAUGCCGUUACAUGGUUAUCAUGGUAUGCCAUUGCGUUAUUAAGAUGAAAUAAAAGUAAAAUGAAAUAACGAAAAAAAAA